AUGCUUCGAUGUGUGGAGGAGUGGGCUUGCCUCUGCUCUUCGCGGGGAUGUCGGUGUGGUCAGCAACACCAGGGCUCAGCUGAGAUGGCAGCGGCUGACAGCAAGCCGUCCCCUGCAGAAAAGCACAUUGAGGCGGACUCGGCAGCGCGGUGCUGUGCGGGGAGUGGAGGAAUCGCGAGCCCCAUGCUGCCCCCGCCGUCCCUGCGCUGCUCACUGCAGGACCUGCCGGUGGAGAUGCUGGUGGAGAUCUUCGCCUCGCUCCCUGGCACCGACCUGCCCAGCCCAACCCAGGUCUGUACCAAAUUCCACCGCAUCCUGCACACCAACAGCAUCUGGAGACGGCACUGCCGGGAGGAGUAUGACGUUUGUGAAAACUUGCAGAACCUGGAGAUGAUAGGGAUGUCUUAUCGAGAAGUCUAUGCAAAGCUACUCCACCCAUUCAGAAACAUUUUGGGAUUGUGGCACCUAGAUACUGAGCACUAUAGAACACUAGUGAAUGUAGUGGUGGACACCUUAUGCAUUACUGGCUGGAUGUACGGGCCUUGCCUUAACACCCAUGUGGAUGGCCCAAUGCAAUUCAAUCCCUUGUUCAGAAUUUGCUUGACGGAGCGGAAAUCAGCCACGGUGGAGUGCAUGGAAGGCCGCAUCAGCAGGCCCCACAACCGCCACCUGCAGAUUCAGAAGGACAGGUUCAGCAUCCAGUGCAACAAGACAGACCACCGAACGGAUUCCCCAACGCGGCUUAGGGGAGAAUGGGGGCUGGUGCUGGAGCGGGAGGACAGACAUCAGUAUGUGCUGACCUCCCGCCGCCUCUACCUCCCGCCGAGCCACCCGGACGACCUCAUCAGGCCAGGCCUCUUCCCAGCCAAGUACGAUCCCUACGGCCUAAAUAUUGCCAUGCUCAGCUUCCAUGGGAAGUAUGCCAGGGUCACGAAGAUCACGGGAGACUCCCACAAGUUAGAGAUCCACCUCAAGCGCCGCAUCCAGCUGCCAGAUGUCGAGAUCUUCCGCAACUUCCACGAGCUCGCCCGCGUGGUCCAGGAGAUUGACGAGCAGGUGACCCGGGAGCAGCAGCAGCAGCAAGAAGACGGGACUGAGGAAAGCGAGGGCCAUGGCUGGCAGAGCCCUGCCCAGCCCAGCAUGGGGGAGUCCGGGGCUGCAGCUUCGGAGGAGCAGCCUGUCCCGUUUGUUCUGCCUGUGGGCAUGCACCGAAAAGACCAGAACUACCCCCGAACAUGCAGGAUGUGUUUCUAUGGCGUGGACACUGUUACUGUUACCAGACAUGGCUUCGCCUCCACCAGGUGCUGCCCUGGAGUCUUCAUCCUGUUCGAUGAGAACCACUUCGGGUUCAUCUAGGUGAAAUACUUCAUCCUGUACGGCAGAGUCCAGAACACCUUCCAGAAUGUGGAGGCACCAUCCCCGCAGGCCUUCCUGAAAAUGCUCAAGGACGUUCAGUCCGGACCCCCUGGGAGGAGCAGCUUGCAUGCUCUUUAA